ACUCUCUGGCUCCAAAAAAGCGAUGGAUCGCAUAACUGUUUUGUGCUGCUCAAACAUGUCAGGAACGGACAAGAGGAAGCUGUUGGUUAUAGGAAAAAGCACUAAGCCUCGCUGCUUUAAAGGACUUAGGAUGGAGAGUUUACCAGUUGUGUAUCGUGCGAACAGAAAUGCGUGGAUGACCUCUGAACUUUUUAAAGAAUGGCUGAAGGAUUGGGACAGAGAGCUACAACGCCAGUCGAGAAAAGUGCUGCUUCUUCUUGACAAUUGUGCAGCACAUCCUCAUUUAGAUUGCUUGAUGAACGUCCAAUUGGAAUUUCUACCUCCGAGGACCACAGCUUUGGUCCAGCCAAUGGACAUGGGCAUUAUAAAAAAUUUGAAGACUCCUUUAUCGUGCAAGGUUGGUUAAUUACAUCCUUGAAGCAAUUGAAGAAAGUUUGCUGACUUCAUCGUCAAAAGCCAGCGAAGGCAGUGCAAAGGUCAACAUCUUACAAGCAGUUACAUUUGUGGCCGACAGCUGGCGAAAAGUGAGCAGUGAGACAAUUCAGAACUGUUUUUCUCACUGUGGCUUUAAGCACUUGGUUUUGGAGAUGGAUGUGGACAUGCUCAUUGAAAGUGAAAAUGAUGAUUUACAUGUGGAACUUCAACAGGUACAAAAUUGCGAAAAAUUUUUAUCCAUUGACAAUGAAAUUCAAUGCUACGAUGAAAAUGAAGAUUAUGAAGCUGCAAUCGUUGCUCGAGUUGCAGCAAAACACACGAUAGCAUCGGAAGACCAAAAAUGUGAUGAUGAUGAUGCCGCUAAUAAAUUAGUGCAAGUGACAACACAGGAUGCGAGGAAAUGCAUUGAAAAUUUGCGUCGGUAUUUCAUGCAGGAGGGAAAUAAAGGCAGUCCCAUUGCUGCGUUAAAUGUUUGUGGCGAUUGCGUUCACGUGCAAUCCGUCAAGAGAACGCGUCAGAUCACAUUGGAGAAGUUCUUCAAAUGUUGACUGGAACUUGGU